GUGAUUCUUAUCUUCACAUCUUCACCAUCUUUCACUUGCAUUGCCAGCGCCAUAGUCCUGUAUUAGCCAUGCCUGCAACUCCUGCAUCCACUUCUGGCACUCUGAAUGCCGGAAGCCAUUACCGACCCCUGAAGCUGAGCCUUGGAACUAUUUCCUGCACAUUGGCAAUGGCUGGAUCGCGGGUCCGUGCAUGCAUCUCUCAAUAUCAGACGGAAGCUGCCAACAAUGGUCUAUCUUCUGACCGGAUAAAGUAUUUUAAAGCUGGGCUGCAAUGGGAGAUGAAUACUUUUGUCACACCACUCCUGCAGUACUCAGCUUCACAGAAUAUCGUGUCGGUUCUUCCGGUCCCUGUUCCGGACGACGUCUUUUCAUUCCACCUCCUUUCAUUUGAUGAUGAGGCAAUUGCAGGACAUCCGUCCCGGAUUGUGUUUGCAUAUACAUGUCCAUGGUGGAUGGGAAACACCACAAUCCCGGAUCAACCAUGGCAGUGGGAUGAAAUAAUGGCUUCCUGCGUCUCUCACUACCAGUAUUGGGCGCUUAAUGUUGAGGAUGAUGCUUUGGUUCUUCCAGAGAAGUUGAGAAACACUUCGACUCCACCACUUAUGGGACUGAGGUGGAUUAAAGAACGCAUGGAAGCAUUGAUGGAGGAGCAAGAUGAGGGCAUCAAAGCCAAGAUGGCAGAGGUGAAGAUGUACACUGACAUGUUAGAGAAAUUGAGGAAAGGCAAAGGAGUGUAGUCCCAUUCAGUGUUCAUUGUAUACAAGAUGUAAAAUAUUCUAUGCAUUCAAAAAUCUUGCACCCGAGUCCCGGAAGCCCAGGUCCCGAGUCCCGAAUUUCGGAGUUCGGGGUUCGGCGACCCGGAGCUCGGCAACUGUGUUGGGUGUCAGGGUAUCCGGAGCAUUGGAGAUAGCAUGUGUCAGUAUUCUGCGUUUCAUGGUUCAUCUUUCGUGAUUAUGGAAUCUUUCGUGAUUAUAGAAUCGGGCGUCAGGGACUCGGUAUUCAGAACACUGUCGAGUCCCAGGUCACGAGCUCCGAGUCCCGAGUCCCGAAACCCAGGUCCCGAGUCCCGAAACCCGAGUCCCAAGUCCCGAAUUUCGGAG